AUGCCCGCAAUCAAGCACUCCGUCAAGAUCAACGUCGACCUAGGCGAAGGCUACGGCAACUUUAAAUGCGGACCAGACGAUGAGCUGAUUCCUCUGAUUGACCAUGCAAAUGUAGCCUGCGGCUUUCACGCUGGUGACCCCCUAAUCAUGCAGCAAACAGUCCAAAUGUGCAAAAAACACAACAUAGCCAUUGGCGCACACCCCGGACUCCCGGACAUCCAAGGCUUCGGGCGGCGCGAGAUCAAAAUGUCUCCCGAGGAGCUCACAGCCGCCGUGCGGUACCAAGUCGGGGCGCUGAAAGGCUUUCUCGAUGCUGAAGGCUUGCCCUUGCACCACGUGAAGCCGCACGGCGUGCUCUACGGGAUGAUGUACCGAGACCGAGAAGUGUGUCGCGCCGUGUAUGCAGGUGUACCUGCGGGCACGACUGUAUUCGGGCUUGCGGGCACGCUGCACGAGGAGGUGGCACAGGAAAUGGGGUUGAAAUUUGUGGCCGAGAUCUACGGCGAUGUCAAGUAUACCAAAGACGGGAUGUUGGUUAUUGAUCGGAAGAAGAAGCCGUGGCACCCAGACGAGACGAGGAAACACGUCCAAAGCCAAGUGGAAAACGCGACCGUUACAGCAGUCACAGGCGAGGAGGUACAGCUUCCACUUGGCGAUUACCAAGUUUCGCUGUGCUGCCACUCCGACUCGCCCGGUGCAGUUGAGAUAGUCAAAGCAGCACGGGAAAUUGUCGACCAGUUCAACCACAAGUACUACCCGGACUCUUCAUGAAGAAGACUGUAAACAUCUUCUCGCAGGAGACAAAGGCAGGACCUUCGCCUGAUUUGUGCCGUGUGUGUACUUGUGAGGAAAAUCAGUCUGUGUGAGAGGGACAGGGAGAGAGAAAAGCUACGGAUGAAAGGGUUCGGAAAAACGGAAUGGUAAUUAUUAAAUCACGUAACGUACCCCACGGCUUCGCGAGCCACACGGGUUCGCGAGCCACUUUUGCCAAGCCCUCACCAAAACCAGUACAUUAUGUCCUAAAAC